AAAAAAAUUGAUCUUCUCGUUCAAUCAUCUAUUACAGAAAAAAGUGCGUAGAUGAAACGUAUGUAAAAAUAACAUGAAGAGAGCCUAGGGAGCCAAAAAAGCCAUGAAUAUCCAGGGGGUUCUGUUGCCUUGCAUAAAUAUGCUUCGUAAUAUAAGUAGCAUGAGCGAUGUACGUAAACGAUUGUACGCGGCGCAUGAGUCGAGAGAACUUGGGCGGCUGAUACACGCGAACUCAGUAUCCGCUUUUACGGGCUGGCGACCGGUCGGAUGCGUCCAGUAUCGCUGAAAGUUUGAAAAUUAUAAAUGCGUUAAUCGCUAUGGAUUGCGAUCGGAUUUCGAUUUUGGAUAGGAUUAUAUCGUUUUACUCGCUGUAGAUUAAAAUGGUUGAUUCGAAACUGCACCUCAGCUGGACAUAGUUAAUCUUUCAUGUACGAAUUCGCGGAACCUUAUAGCGAUGCUUACAAGUUGAAAAAUAUAAUUGUUUGUAAUGAGGUGAUGACUGCCGAGGCGAAGCCAAAAGGGCAUCGAAAUGCUUCACCCAGAAGGAUUCACUUCGGCAUCGGUCGCAAGAUGAUGUCGUUUUUUCGGAGUUCGAAGUCUGGCAGAGGCAAGCCCAGAUCACAGCACACUCCGAUUUUCUCCAAGAUUCAUCCUGCCAAACGGCCCGCUUUGCAUAGCCGCAGACAAUCGAGUAACGAAGAUGAACCAGAAUGCUUUCACCGAGCAAUCGGCAACAUACUGUUAAUGUCGCAAUUUUUUGGUAUCCUGCCUAUCAGGUACAUUCGAUCAUCGUCCGUGAGAAACUUUUCUUUUUACAAAUUCGCGCCCCGCGUUAUCUACUCAUAUUUCGUACUUCUGGCAAUAAGCGUCAUGACAUCGAUAUCCUUCUUGCAUCUCUUCAGGACACUCAACGCCAAUAGUUUUCAGACAAAGGGAGGAAUAGCGGAUGCUACGGUGGGAGCAAUGUUUUACGGAAACAGUUUAUUAGGUAACUUGAUGUUUCUGCGACUCUGUCCCAAAUGGAUUUCCAUUCAGCACGAUUGGAGAGCUAUGGAACGACUUAUUGAUAACAACGGGAAAUGGAAGGGGCCGGUAUUGCGCUGGAGGUUCACGCUUAUCAGCUCGACGAUCCUGAGCCUCGCGUUACUGGAACAUAUCCUCAGUAUGGUCAAUAAUACGCCUUCUGAUGUCUGGUUUGGUAAAAAGAAUCUGGAGGACUUUCUCAUUAUCUACACCAACAAGUCUCAUCGCUUCAUUGUAAGAAACGCAGGUGUCGACUACAAUUUCACACUGGGCUUGUUCAUCUUUUUCAUCAGCAAGGUAUCGACGUUCACAUGGAACUUCACGGAUCUGUUCAUCAUGCUAGUUUCGACGGGUUUGGCCGAGAGGUACAAGCGAUUAAACGCGCGUAUCCUCGAAGCCACGCCAGCGCAAUUAUCUGUAACGGACUGGCACGAGCUGCGCGAAUGUUACGCUGUUUUAAGCGCUCUGGUGAAGAAAGUCGACAAUGAGAUUUCCGGAAUCAUACUUUUAUCCUUUACCAACAACAUUUACUUCAUUUGUCUGCAGCUUUUGAACGGACUCUCACCAAGCACGGCGGAACACCCUAUCAUCAACUCCAUUUACUUUUUUGGAUCGUUCAUCUUCCUGAUCGGACGGACUACCGCCGUGACAUUAUUGACUGCUCGUAUCAACGAUCAGUGUAAACUUAUACUACCCAUCCUUUAUAAUUGUCCAUCGGUCAACUACUGCCGUGAGGCCCAACGAUUGCAGCAGCAAAUAGCGACCGACGACGUAGCACUGACUGGCCAUCGAUUUUUCUCCAUAACUCGCAAUUUUAUGCUGGCGGUUGCCGGGGCUAUCGUGACCUACGAGGUCGUCCUGUUGCAGUUCAACAUUGCACUGCAACGAGAUGAAGAACUUAAUAAUAUGGCAGCAGGCUCCAACGGAUAGUAAGAAAAGAGAAAGGAAGGAUAGCUGUAUAACAAGACUCGAAGAGCGUUUAUUACUUCUGUAAAUUUUAUAUAACAAUGCCAUUUACUUUCAUAUACAGAUCGCGUAGAAGUUUUGGAUUUGUUAGGGCAUUGAAAUUAACAAAAAGACUCCAUAGUUUAUUUACACAUGAACUCAUCGUUUUUUACAUGGUUAAUCUAAGAUACUUUGUAUUAUAACACACAGCUGUAUAAUAUAUAUUUGCUUUAUAUUUAUAUAUGUGAAUAUGUAAAAACAUAAAAUAAUUAUUGAAAUAUCGUUAUGGUUUUACACAGUUAAGAUUGUAAUUUUGUAUAAAAAAAGGUACUCUGUAUACUUAAUCCAAUCGAUAAACAAUAUUUUUGAAGUCUACUUCGAAUUCUAAAGAGAUUUCACGCGAAAGUGAUCAGAUAUGUUCUUUUCUAUAAUAAUAAAUUACAAAUCUAUUCUACAAUUAAUUCCCAUCGGAUCGCACGCGAUGCAACGACAUUGUCCGAUGAUUCUCCCUCAAAAAUCCUCGAUUUUGACGUCUGUUAUCUCGAGAGUCUGAAACAAGAAUGUAUUUUUCGCUGCCGAUGCAGUAGGCUACUCUCAUAUAUCUGAAACCUCGUCAUCCAUCAGUGCUUUUGUCAUAUCAAAUUCUUGUAGUAUGAGAUUAUGGGUGCCAGCUUGCACUACUAUUACACUAUUGUAUAACUAAUAUAGUUUCUUUACGCUACUGGAAAUGUCAAAGCGAUGCGAUACUCGUGUGCGAGUCAUUCUCUCAUUUGAAAAGGACUAGAAUGUUACUCAUGUGAAUUAUGAUGUACUAUACGAUACCGAGAGGAAUUCUCGAAUAAAUGCAUUUUCCACAAA